GACUUACAGUUUGUUUACUUCCGCUCUCGGAUUCCUGGCGGAGAAAACGGUUGUGGACGGGUAAUGGCUGAAUGAGAGGACUGGAGGGGGGAGCAGCUGAGCUCCAGGCACCGGGAUCCCGGGCAUGGCCGCCGAGGAAGAGGAGAAUCUAGUGCCUGAUUCUGGUGCGAUAUUUACAUUUGGAAAAAGUAAAUUUGCGGAGAACUGUCCCAGCAAGUUUUGGUUAAAAAACAACAAGCCUGCAAACAUAUCAUGUGGAGAUGAACACUCCGUUUUGGUUACAGAAAAUGGCAAGCUGUAUGUGUUUGGCAGUAACAUGUAUGGACAGCUGGGUAUCGGCUCUGAAAAUGUCAUCAGCACACCAAGAUGUGUCAAAGCUUUAAGAUCGGAAAAAGUAAAACUUACUGCUUGUGGGAGAAAUCACACCUUGAUCUGUACAGUACAAGGAAAGGUCUACUCCUCUGGAUGGAACAGCGAAGGACAGCUGGGACUUGGUGACACGACGGAAAGGGCGAGCUUUCAUGAAAUCUCCUUCUUCAACUCUCAGUAUAAAAUCAAACAGCUGUCGGCUGGAUCCAAUACAUCAGCUGCCUUAACUGUGGAUGGGAAGCUUUUUAUGUGGGGUGAAAACUCAGAAGGUCAACUUGGCCUCGCUGAUGAAAAAACAGUCUGCAGUCCUCACCAAGUGGAUAUUGGAAAGCCGAUUUCUUAUGUGUCCUGCGGCUAUUACCACUCAGCAUUCGUUACACAGGAUGGAGAAUUGUACACUUUUGGGGAACCUGAAAAUGGGAAGCUUGGUCUGCUGCUGAGAAGCUCAACAAACAUCGACAACCACAACAUGUCCCUGAAUAUUUGGGAAGGUGAAGUUGGUUUCUUGUGGUGGAGGCACACCAUUGCAGUCACAGACACAGAAGUCUAUACAUUUGGUCUUGGUCAGUUUGGACAACUAGGGCAUGGCACUUUUAUUUUUGAAACGCCUACACCCAAAGUAGUGGAGGCUUUGAAGCCACAUAGAGUUCGAUUUGUUGCUUGCGGGGAAAACCACACUGCAGUAAUUACAGAUAAGGGCCUUCUUUAUACUUUUGGUGAUGGACGAUAUGGCAAGCUUGGAUUAGGAGAAGAGAAUUUCACUAAUCAGUUUUCACCUACAUUGUGUAGGAAUUUUCUGAAGUUCACCGUCCAGUCGGUGGCAUGUGGUGGUUGUCAUAUGCUUGUCUUUGCUAUACCCAGGCCUAAAGAAUCUGAAAUUGUCAUUGUUGAUGAUCUAAAAGAAAAUUAUUUAAUGGUAAAUGGAGAUACUAACAGAUCUACAACAUUGCAGAGAUCUCCCUCUGCACGUGUUAGACGAAGAGAAAAGAAACAAACACCCGAUCAGAUCCGUGAUCUGACUCGUACAUUACCACCGUUAAAAGGCAAUUUACUGGAAUCUUUCUUGCCUGUUUCGAGCAAAACUGUUCCACCAGGUCUUUUUAAAGUAAGACAAGCCAGUACUGAAUCAAGUGCCAACAACUCAUCAGCAGUGUCAAAGUCUGAGGGAAAUAGUCAUAAGGACUUGGUGAAAGGUUUUUCUGCAGAUGACUCUGAUAAUGUGAGCCAGCAAAGUUUUGGGGGUACAACAGAUAUUUUGAACAUGACCCAUGUCAUAAGCACAACAACUGGUGUCAGUACUUUUUCUCCAGUUCAGAAAAGAAAGGAGUAUAAACAUGAGUCUGAGGAAGAUGAAGAUGAGGAGGAGGAAGAGGAAGAAGAGGCAUUUGAUGAGGAGGAAGCUGAAGAAGAUGAUGAUGAGGAAGAGGUUGAAAAGAAUGAGAAGGAUAAUACAAUUAAAGAAAAUAAUGACUCUGUAUCAAAUAAGAGCAGAACAGAGUCACCAGUGAAGAUGCCAGAGGAGGUCACUAAAAUUACUGAGCAGACUGUUUCCAGCAACAAAACAGCCAGUGAACUGGAAAAUCCACAAGGUGUUAAUGAAGUUCAUUCUUCAGAAAAAGAUGUAACCAAAUCAACAUUGUUUGAGAAGACAAGACGGUUAUCACUAUUUAAAAGACGAUCUACAACAAGUCAGAAGUCCCUGCAAGGAAAUGGAGGCAUAGCUAAUUCUUCAAAAGAAAAUGGUCCUGAGAAGACCAAGCAAGCAGAAAAAACAAAUGGCAGCAAAGAUGAAAAUCAGAACACUAAGCAGGAAGAAGCUAAAGUUACUGAGCCGCCUCUUCAGGAAAACCCAGAAAAUAUCCAGAGCCUGCAAGACAAAAAAUCAAAAUCUGCCACCUGUGUACUCUUAUGAAGGCUACAUAUCUGCUUGUGUGUUCUGGCAAGAAAUUUUAAUCUUCAGGCUCCUCCGUUCAUGCUGUACAGUAGAAUAACAGCUGACUUACAACCAUAUUUCCUAAACAGUACAAGUCAGUGUUGGCCCAUCUUUCAGGAAGAGCACCUUUUCUAUGUGGUUAGGACCUAAUCAUUAAUUGCAGGCCAAUAAAGUUCAUGGUUCCUGUCAAACUGAUGUCUUGGGGGAACAUUCGUUUUUGUAUCGCACAAAGUAAUGGUAAAUAGUGAGUGGUGUAAAGACCCCAUUUAUUGUCCCUUGUUUGAAGAGGGGAGUGAGUUUCUUGCUUUACUACAGGAAGAAAUAGCCUCUUUAUUAAAAACAUUUAGUAACUCAGGAACUAUAGGAUGUAAGUGAAAAUUUUGUAAAGCAGAUUACAACAGAUUGCUACAAUCCAGCUUAUUUUCCACAAGUAAUAAUAGUAUUAAUGACAAUUUUGAUAUAUAUUUAUUUUUUUUCAUUAAAAUGAUCUUCGCAAAUGUUAA